AGUGUGUUACGAUUGCGUAAAUCAAUCAAAACUUUCAAGCAUGUGAAAUUCGCGAAAAUAAACAUCGUUUCUUGUCUUUAAAAAAUAUCAGAUAAAAACAGUAAAAUUGCAUAUAAAACAGUGAUAAUUAACGCACACGGAAGAUGUCGACCUUACUGCCAAAACCACCGAAUCCGGAGGACAAGCCCAAUGCGGAUGCACCAAAAUCAACCGGAGUCUUCUUUCCCAAUGCCGAUCUGGAUGAGAUAGCGAAGCAUUUCAUUGGCAACAACACCCGGUUCCGCGAGAACAUCAUCAUUCCCAAGAUGUACGGUGCGGUGCAGAUCAAAACCAACGAGGAGAAGCUGGUGGAAGCGGCGUUCGAGAGCUGCGCUUUCAAGUCGUUGAUGAGUUGCGUGCUGGGCUACGGGUUGGGUGCCGCCAUCGGGCUGUUCAGCUCGUCGGUCAAUCCGAACAUUGCCGACCCGCUGGCCGGGGAGAAGCAGCAGACGGCUCGGGAGAUUUUCCGGGAGAUGCGACAGGCCACGCACUCGUAUGGUAAGAACUUUGCCGUCAUCGGGGCGGUGUUUGCCGCCGUGGAGUGCGUGAUCGAAUCGAAAAGAGGAGUCUCCGACUGGAAGAAUGGCACAUAUGCAGGAGCUGUAACCGGCGGGUUGAUUGGCUUGCGAGCUGGCGUCAAGGCGGGAAUUUUUGGAGCAGCUGGUUUUGCCGCAUUCUCAACAGUUAUCGAUUACUACAUGAGACAUCGAUAGGCCCUCGAAGAGUUUUAUUAAGAUAUUCAAGUUUAAAACUGUAGUUUAUAGAAAGAAACUGCCUUGCUGGCAGUUUAAGCUGUAAUAAAUUGAAAUAAAGUUCAAUUCAAAAAUCAAAA